CCUUUUUGUAUCCGUCUUCACUCACAACGACUGAACUGAUACAGUAGAGAGAGAAAAAAUGAAGCCAGGACUCAUCCAUGGUGCAGCAGCACUUGCAGCUCUGUCAAUCUUUGUAGCUUUCAAUUUUAAUCAUUUACUCGCUCCACCCAUCAUCCCUCAAUCUCAAGAUUUCCUUCACAAAGCAGAGAUUAAUCAUCUCAUCGGAGCUUUCGGGCCGGAGAGCCUCGCUUUUGACGCCAACGGCGACGGUCCUUACACCGGAGUUGCAGAUGGAAGAAUCCUCAAAUGGGUCGGAGCCGAACGUCGUUGGAUUGACUUUGCUGUCACAUCUUCUAACAGGGAGAAUUGCACCCGUCCAUUUGCACUGGAUAUGGAACACAUAUGUGGCAGACCAUUGGGUUUGCGAUUUGAUCGGAAGACUGGCGAUUUAUACAUAGCAGAUGCUUAUCUCGGCCUUCAUGUUGUUGGAUCCAAUGGAGGUCUUGCAUCUAAGCUGGUUACUGAAUUUGAAGGAAAACCCCUUGUUUUCACCAAUGAUAUAGACAUUGAUGAGGAUGAGAAUGUUCUUUACUUCUCUGAUUCAAGCACAAUCUUUCAAAGGAGGCAAUUCAUGGCAUCGGUUCUGAGUGGAGACAGAACAGGGAGAUUGAUGAAAUACGAUAGAUCAACUAAGGAAGUAACUGUUUUACUCAAAGGGCUUGCAUUUGCCAAUGGGGUGGCGUUGAGCAAAGACAGAUCAUUUGUUCUGAUAGCUGAAACUAGUACAUGUAGAAUCCAUCGUUUAUGGCUGAAAGGUUCGAAAACAGGGCAAUCUGAAAUAUUUUCAGAGCUGCCUGGAUUUCCAGAUAACAUAAGGAGGAACUCGGAAGGGGAAUUCUGGGUGGCUCUCCACUCAAAGAAAGGGCCAAUUUCGCACGCAAUUGUUGCGAAUCCGUGGAUUGGGAAGAUAGUUUUGAGGCUUCCCAUAAAUUUCAAACAACUGCAUUACUUAUUGGUGGGAGGGAAACCCCAUGCAACAGUUAUAAAGCUGAAUGAGAAUGGAGAGAUUGUGAAGGUGUUGGAAGAUUGCGAAGGAAAGAGUUUGAAGUUUAUAAGCGAAGCAGAGGAAAAAGAUGGGAAGUUGUGGCUCGGAUCAGUGUUGACACCUUCUAUCGGUGUUUAUAGCUUGUAAUAAUUUCUUUUUCGGUUAGGUUUAAAUUUCGAACUAACUUGAAUGAAUAACUAGUUUUGUAUUUUGUCAAUUGUAAGUAGGGUUUUUGUCCUUCAAAUAAUCUCAACCAACACUGGAUCUAUAAUUACUGUAUUCCAUUUCUCGUGCUAGCCUAUAAUUUCUCGAUUUUG